GAAGAUGGGUCACUCAGGCCGUUUACCGUAGAAAAAAAUGUCCGUUCCGGUCUGCUUAACGGGGUGGUUCUCCUUCUGACAUCAAUGCGAUAGCAGCUGAGGUCGGGUCCGUUUAGCUCAUUGACAGUAAUGUAACCAGAAAAAAAAUGCGGGAGUUAGAUGUCUCGCUUCCUCUUCCGUCUCUGGCCAAACCACAGUUGGCAGUGGCACGCAAUUGAUCGUCCAGUUUUUCUCCGCGGUCUCCUGUAUUCAUUAUCCUGUCGAGUUUUUCGAGUGAAUCCUUUGAAUUUUGGAUAACUGCAACAAUGUAUCAAGUCGUAAGAAAACUCGUGUUUACAGAUUCACAUUGUGCCAGUGACGCUCCGAAGACUUAUGAAGAAUUAUUUGAGAAAUUAGAUACCAACAAAGAUGGAAAAGUGGAUGUUGCAGAACUCAAAGAGGGCCUCUCUGCUUUGGGCAUUGCUUUCGGAAAAGGAGACGCGCAAAAAAUAGUUUCAUCUGGAGACCAGGACAACGACGAGGGUCUUGAUAUCAAUGAGUUCUCCAAGUACCUGAAGGAACAUGAGAAGAAACUGCUGCUGACGUUCAAGAGCCUGGAUAAGAACAAUGAUGGACGCAUUGACUACAUGGAGAUAAAGCAGUCCCUUGCCGACCUGGGGAUGGACAUCAGCAAGGAAGAGGCAGAGAAGAUCCUUCAGACCAUUGAUGUAGAUGGAACCAUGACUGUGGACUGGACUGAAUGGAGGGAACACUUCCUCUUCAACACCGCCACCAACCUGCAGGACAUUAUCCGCUAUUGGAAGCACUCAACAGUUCUGGAUAUUGGGGACAGCCUCACCAUCCCUGAUGAGUUCACAGAGGAGGAGAAGACAACAGGUGUGUGGUGGAAACAGCUGGCAGCCGGCGCCAUGGCUGGGGCGGUCUCUCGUACAGGCACCGCCCCUCUGGACAGGAUGAAGGUGUUCAUGCAGGUGCACGGCUCCAAGACCAAUAAGAUCAGUCUGGUGGGGGGCUUCAAGCAGAUGAUAAAGGAGGGGGGCGUCAGCUCCCUGUGGAGGGGCAAUGGGACCAAUGUCCUGAAGAUCGCCCCUGAGACAGCCAUCAAGUUCAUGGCCUACGAACAGUAUAAGAAGAUGCUGUCGUCAGAGGGAGGGAAGGUCCAGACCCACGAGAGGUUCAUUGCUGGGUCACUGGCCGGGGCCACGGCUCAGACGGCCAUCUAUCCCAUGGAGGUAAUGAAGACUAGGCUUACGCUGAGGAAGACUGGACAGUACUCAGGAAUGUUCGACUGUGCCAAGAAGAUCCUGAAGAAGGAGGGCAUGAAGGCCUUCUAUAAGGGCUACGUUCCAAACAUCCUGGGCAUCAUUCCAUAUGCUGGGAUAGACCUGGCAGUGUACGAGAGUCUGAAGAAUGCGUGGCUGGCCCGUUAUGCCAAAGACACAGCCAACCCUGGGAUCCUGGUGCUGUUGGCCUGUGGUACCAUCUCCAGCACCUGUGGCCAGCUGGCCAGUUAUCCCCUGGCUCUGAUCCGAACCAGGAUGCAGGCAGCAGCAUCCAUCGAAGGCUCAGAGCAGGUGACCAUGAACCAUCUGGUGAAAAAGAUCUUGGAGAAAGAAGGAUUCUUUGGACUGUAUCGUGGAAUCCUGCCCAACUUCAUGAAAGUCAUCCCAGCUGUCAGUAUCAGCUAUGUGGUGUACGAGUACAUGAGGACUGGGCUGGGCAUCUCUAAGUGAUGAGUGGUAUUGUAUUAGUGUGUGUGGGUUCGCAUAUGUGUGUCAGUUAGAUUAUUUGAUACCAUUUCCCUCCAUAUUUUCAGUGACAUUUGUUGGGGUAAAUUGCGAAAUGCAAAAAUACUGUUUACCUGUUCCACCAAAGCCUGAACUUAAUCUAGUUGUUACUAGGGUGUUAGUCCAUUGUCCUGGGACCUUUUAUUUUACAACCACGCACACAAACUUUCCAAGGCAGUCUGAAUGGUCAUUAGUCAAACACUAUAGCAGUUUACGUAUUUCAAGUUUACCCAAGCUUCCCAUGUAUACCCCAUUACCAAAGAAAGAGACAAAGGUAUUUUUACAUGUUUCACCUGAGAUGCACAAACCUUAGAUAAUGUUAUUAUUUUUACGUAACGCACUAGACACGGUCAGUUACUGGAGAAAUAAAGUAAAAAAUAUUCUGGGGGAAUUAGGGUUGAGUUCUAAAUUUGAGUGCCAGGGUGAAAUAGAAGAUGGCUCCUGUCUUGUUGGAAGGAGGAGUCAUGCAAAUUUUGUUUUGCACAUCUUGGGUCCAUGAAAAAGGAGUAUGUGCCUUAUUGUGUGAUUUGUUCAGAUCUCUGCAUGGGACCUGUGGGCCUGUCCAUCCAUCCAAUUCGUCUUGCCUUUUUUCCAAAGUUUUGUUAAAUUAAAUACUCCUGUUUUACAAUAAAAAAGUCAAUAUUUUAAUACAAA